AUGGCCGCUGUGACCACGGUUCAAGUAAAAUUUCGAGAGAAAAGUUCAAGGCUCCAACUCUAUGUUGCAAGAACCCCAGGACCAGCACUGUUUGGCCGAAAGUGGAUUCAAGAAUUCAAGUUGCUUGAAGAAACAAAUGGAAUCUUCAAGACGUCGACUGCAACGAAAGCUUCUCAAGAAGAAGUCGAAAAUAAGCUGAGCCAGAUUCUAGAAACUCACAAGGUCGUAUUUAAAGACUCCAUCGGGAAGUUGAAUGGAAUCAAGGCAACCUUAAACCACCUGAAGGAAAAUGUUCAGCCCAAGUUCCUUCGUGCUCGUCAACUUCCAUACGCACUCAAGGAAAAAGUCGUUGCCGAAUUGGACCGACUAGAAUCGGAAGGUAUUCUGACCAAAGUCAAUGUCAGUGAAUGGGCUACUCCCAUAGUUCCUGUAGUCAAGCCCAAUGGGACAGUCAGGGUAUGUGGAGAUCUCAAGAGCACCAUCAAUCAACACUUAGUCGUGGAUCAGUAUCCUCUACCACUGGUUGAGGACAUUUUCGCGAAGUUAUCUGGUGGUCAGAAAUAUACAAAAAUUGACCUCCGGCAAGCAUUCCUUCAAAUGGAAGUGGAUGAGAAGUCCAAGCAUUUGCUAACUAUCAAUACAGAAAAGGGACUCUUCCGGUAUAACAGGAUGGUGUUUGGUAUUGCUCCCGCACCUGCGAUCUGGCUACGCACCAUCGAACAAGUUCUACAGGGUGUUCCUAUGACACAUGCAACGCAAGACGACAUAUUAGUGAGUGGUACUACUGAAGAGGAUCAUCUAGAAAAUCUUUCAAAAGUCCUCAAGCGCCUGGAAUCGUUUGGUCUGAAAGCAAACCUGCAGAAGUGCUCCUUCUUCCAGGACAGCAUUGUGUACUGUGGAUACAAGAUCAGCAGCGAAGGUUUACACAAGACCCAAGACAAGAUCCGUGCUGUACUUGAAGCUCCAGCACCGCAAAACGUCAACCAGCUGCGUUCCUUUCUUGGGCUAAUCAACUACUACGGAAAAUUUAUUCCGGACAGCGCAAACCUUUUGCGACCUGCACGCACUUUUGGAAAAAUCUGCGAAGUGGAAAUGGACAAAAGACUGCAAACUACCACUCCGUCUGGCUUGUGA